CUAGAGAGAGAGGGAACGGUGGCAACUUGAAUAGGGGGUUGUGUUGAUAAAGCUAUAAAAGGUUUGGGUCUGUGCUCAUCUCUCACUCUCUUCCACUCUUUGGCUCUACACAAGCUAUCAUAGAACUUUGCCACCAUGUCAGGAAUCACCCAGGCAAUUGCAUUACUCACGGACACCUUUGAAAAAUACGCUGGAAAAGACGGACAAUCCAAGACUUUGACCAAGGCAGAACUUGCUGGACUGCUCCGUAAUGAGUUUCCUGAGAAAGGCAACAACGAGGCUGUAGUGGACAAUUUCUUCUCCAUGCUGGAUAACGACAGUGAUGGCGUUGUUGACUUCAAGGAGUUUGUCACUUUUGUGACAGCCCUCGCCGUGAUGAUCAAAAACUAAACACCAUGGCCACAUUUCCCCAGAACGGUCUUGCUAGUUUAGAAUGUAAAAGCUCAGUGUUCCGACUCAAGCAACACAGUCACAUUUAUAAAACACACAUCAUCAUAUGUUCUCAUUAUGCUCAUUACAUAUAGAUUCUGUAGUUUAUUAUGUUGAGUCGACUUGAAUGUGUUGUGUAUAUCACUGAUGAAUGACACCAGUGACCAAAAAAUUCACCAAUAAAUGAUGUCACACUUUAAAA